CUCGCCGGCCGCCCGCGCCGUGGCCUUGCUCUCCGUCCUCGUCAUCCUCGUCUCCAUCGUCGUCUUCUGCUUGGAGACCCUGCCCCAGUUUCGGGUCGGAGGGGAGGGGGCUGCUCAGGUGAGUGGUGGGGAGGGGUGGGGGGAUUCUGCGGCCACGCCAUCCUCGUCCUCACCGUCCUCCUCCUCACCAUCCUCUUCCUCACCCUCUUCAUCCUCUUCCUCCUCCUCAACCUCAUCAUCCUCACUGUCCUCAUCUUCAUCCUCACCCUCUUCAUCCUCAUCCUCGCCAUCCUCC